CAAUGUUGUCUGACCCCAACACACUUCCUGGUUUAACAGCGUGUGCACACGUUGAAAUGUCAUCGUGAACACUGAACAAUCCGCAAAUUUAGCUACAUCUGUUAGGGGAUUCGGGUCGUUAUUUCAAUCAGUUCUUCUGACUUUUUCCGUCAAUCGGAGGACGCACGCAGAUCAUGAAGGUUUUCAUAACAAGACGCAUCCCACAGGAGGGAAUGAAGAUUCUGUCACAGGCUGGAGUAUGUAAAGUGUCACUGUGGGACUCUGAUGAGCCUGUUCCGAGGGCGGAGCUUCUGAAGGGCGUGGAGGGGGCCCAUGGGCUGCUGUGCCUCCUGUCGGACAAGAUCGACACAGAGGUUCUGGACGCAGCAGGUCCAAACCUGAAGGUUAUAAGUACCUUGUCUGUCGGAUUUGACCACAUGGCCAUAGAUGAGAUCAAGAAACGUCAGAAACUCUCAUUGUGCCCUCGUCCCCAUGUUCUGUGCAGAGGGGUGCGUGUGGGCUACACUCCAGAUGUCCUGACUGAUGCCACAGCGGAGCUGACCGUUGCCCUGCUCCUGGCUACAGCUCGGCGGCUACCAGAGGGCGUGGUGGAGGUCAAGAAUGGAGGCUGGAGCACCUGGAAACCUCUGUGGUUGUGUGGUUAUGGUCUGUCAGGCAGCACUGUCGGUGUCAUUGGACUGGGACGCAUAGGUAUGGCCAUUGCCAGGAGGCUGAAACCGUUUGGAGUGAAGAGGCUCCUGUACUCUGGAAGAACUGCCAAAUCCUAUGCUGCUGAGGUGGAGGGAGAAUACGUGCCCUUGGACACGCUGGUGUCUGAGAGUGAUUUUGUCGUGGUAUCCUGCGCCCUCACACCAGAGACCCAGGGCCUGUGUAACAAGGACUUCUUCAGCAAGAUGAAGAACACCGCUGUCUUCAUCAACACCAGCAGGGGUGCAGUGGUGAAUCAGGAGGAUCUGUACCAGGCUCUGUCCAGUGGUCAGAUAGCUUGUGCUGGGCUGGACGUCACAACCCCAGAACCACUCCCCACCGACCACCCCCUCCUCACCCUCAAAAACUGUGUGGUCUUGCCCCACAUUGGCAGUGCUACCUACUCCACACGUGGCAUCAUGGCAGAGCUGUCCGCAAACAACCUGCUAGCAGGCCUACAGGGCACAGACAUGCCCAGCGAACUCAAAUUCUAGUGCUGCUCUACAACUACUCAAUUCUGCCUGGGUCCUCCUGUUAGAAUGAUUUUUUAAUCAACCAAUCAGUAGUCUUUACCAGGGAAGGUAAAAGCCUUAAGUAACCAGGAAGGAAUCUGUGUUGAGAUUAUUGCAGUUCUAUUAAAGAAAAGUUUCACCCAUUUUGAAUGUUUUAUAAUUUUUGUGCGUCUCUGAGCGAUGUUCUAUCGAUUCCCGGGGAUUUUCAUGUGUUUUCAUGUGUACCUGAGCUAUUCGCCGUUCAAACAUGCAGAAAUACAGCCAGUAUGCCAUGUUUUGCAUCGCAAGAAAUACAGCCGGUAUGACGUCUUUUGCGUCAUAGAAAUACAGCCGGUAUGAUGAAUUUUGUAUAUGAUGUCAAAUUCGUCCUUUCGGCUGUAUUUAUGCCUGCUUGAAUGGCAAAUAGAUGCACAAAAACUGUAUAACAUUUAAAAUGGGUGAAUGUUUCCUUUAAUAUGCUCUCCUAACAUGAAGGUAAACUUCUGCCUCUUGCUCUUACUGUUUUAUAAGAAAGAACUAACUUAUAAAAUGUUACUUGAAAGAGGAAGUGUAUAGUAUUAGUGUUUUGAGAACAUGCCUUAGUACACUAACAGUACUCCUAAGGGUCAGCCAUGACUUCCUUUUAAAGACGUAGAAAAGCACUACAAUGUCUCUGCACACAAUUCAUUAGUGACCUUGUCGAAUUGUACAAAAUACUUGAAUAAAAUAGUAGUUGUAAUGGUAAUGUUUUCUCUUGUUCUCAUGACAGUCUUGUGUUUGUUGAGAUAUGCAUCUCCAUUGUAUAUUUGUGCAUAAUUCUAAGAAACACCAUCUCUAAUUAAUCUAUGGUAAAACGCCUCGUCUGUAAUCAUUGUUUCAAACCAGCUAAUCCCUCCCUCUAACAUGGUCUGUCAUUCUGGCUUUGUUGAAUAAAGUAGAAAUGUUGUACAGUA